GUGGUGAUAGUCUCCUUUAGUUUAUGUGGUGAAGCUUUUCUGAAUAUAUGUGAAUUGUGAUUAUAUUAUAUUACAUAUAUCUACACUCAAUUCCCAUUUUCUCCUAAUUGCUAAAUUAAAUAAAUGGAGUUCCCUUGGUAUUCCAUUGUUGUUCCUCUGUGUGUCUUCAUUUUUUUUCUUCCUAACUGCUUAUUUACCACUUCUAAUAAUAACAAAAAAUUACCACCCUCUCCAACAAAGCUUCCAAUCAUAGGCAAUCUCCAUCAACUUGGAUCGCUUCCUCAUCGUUCUCUCCAUCAACUAUCCAAAAAAUAUGGCCCUGUCAUGCUACUUCACUUUGGCAGUAAGCCAGUGAUAGUUGCUUCCUCUGUUGAUGCUGCUCGCAAUAUCAUGAAAACUCACGAUCUCGUCUGCUCAAAUAGACCUAAAUCUAGUAUUGCUGAAAGACUCUUUUAUGGCUCUAAAGACGUGGCCUUUAGUCCCUACGGUGAAUACUGGAGACAAAUUAAAAGUGUCACCGUGCUUCACCUUCUCAGCAACAAAAGAGUCCAAUCUUAUCGUGAUAUCAGAGAAGAAGAGACAUCGAAUAUGAUUGUAAAAAUCAGACAAGAGUGUGAUUCUAAUUCUUCGAGUUCAGUGAUUGAUUUAAGAGAUUGUUUCUGUUCUCUCACCAAUAACAUAGUCAGCAGAGUGGCCUUAGGGAGGAAAUAUAAUGAAGAAGGACAAGGAGGAAUGAAUGCUAAGGUCACUCUACAUGAAUUUGGUGAACUUUUGGGUACUUUUAGCAUUGGGGAUUACAUUCCAUGGCUUGAAUGGAUCAGUAAAAUCAACGGUUUGGCCAACAAAGUGGAGAAAGUAGCUAAAGAGUUGGAUACAUUUUUGGAGAGUGUGAUUGAAGAACACGUUAGUAGGAAAAACAAAGGAGAAGACAGCACGGGUGAAGCUAAAGACUUUGUAGACGUUUUGUUGGAAAUUCAGAAUGGAAAGGAAACUGGAUUUCUUCUUCAAAGGGAUUCAUUGAAAGCUAUCAUCUUGGAUAUAUUUGCAGCUGGUACGGAUACAACGUAUACAGCUUUAGAGUGGAUAAUGACAGAACUUUUGAGGCAUCCAAGAGCCAUGGAAAAAUUACAGAAUGAAGUGAGAGGAUUAGCCCAAGGGAAAGCAGAGGUAACCGAGGACGACUUAAGAAAUAUGCAGUAUUUGAAAGCAGUGAUCAAAGAAACUUUCAGGCUUCAUCCACCGGAUCCACUACUAGUUCCUCGAGAAUCAACAGAAGACAUUAAAUUACUUGGGUAUCACAUACCUGCAAAAAUUCAAGUUAUUAUCGAUGCUUGGACAAUCGGAAGAGAUCCAUUAUCAUGGGAAAAUCCAGAGGAUUACCUACCAGAGAGGUUCUUAGAUAGUACUAUUGAUUUGAAAGGAUUAAACUUUGAGUUGAUUCCGUUUGGAGCAGGCAGAAGGGGCUGCCCAGGAAUUACUUUUGCUAUUGUAGUAAUUGAGCUAGCAUUAGCAAGGCUUGUGCACAAGUUCAAUUUCUCAUUACCGGAGGAGUUGGAUAUGACUGAAGCCAGUGGUGUCACUAUUCGUAGGAAAUCACCUCUGCUAGCAGUGGCAACUCCAUGGCCUACUUAUUAUUAGGACCUUUUUUUCUCUCCAGUUUUACUUUUUAUUCCCCUCUCUGUAGGAGUUGCCACAUCACUUUUCUUGUAUCUCGCUUUAUAUUAUAGCAUAUAAAUUUCUUAUUUUAA